CGAUCCUAACCGCUGGUCCCAAUCUCCUCGCUUCCAUACACACGUCCGUCAUCGUGUCUCUUACACUGUAUAGUGUUAGAAAGUACAUCGGAAAACAUCCCGGCUUUACAGCUGUAGACAAUGGCCAAAGUUAAACCAGACAAGAAAAACAAGUCUGCUAUUAAUGAGGUGGUUACUCGUGAGUACACCAUCAACCUCCACAAAAGGCUUCACGGGAUCGGAUUUAAAAAGCGUGCCCCUCGUGCUAUCAAAGAAAUAAGGAAAUUUGCUGUCAAACAGAUGGGAACUCCAGACGUGCGUAUAGACACUCACCUCAACAAACAAGUCUGGAGUAAAGGAAUUAGAAAUGUUCCUUACCGUGUUCGAGUACGAUUGGCCAGGAGGAGGAAUGACGAUGAAGAUUCUCCCAACAAAUUGUAUACACUUGUCACCUAUGUCCCUGUCGCAUCUUUUAAACAAUUACAAACAAAAAAUGUCGAUUCUAACCAAGAAUAGGGGUGAAUAGAGAGUUUCUUUUAAU